CAUGUUUGUCUGUUUACAGGUGGUUAUGAAGUUAUUGGUGUGUCUCAGCCAAUCAAAGCUGCUCCUGGUGAUGAUGUCGUCUUGCCAUGUUGGGUCAGUCCAAUUUGGGAUGCGACAAAAAAGACAGUGGAGUGGUCCAGACUGGACCAACGGCAGGACUCAACCAAAAAGUACGUGUUGGUGUACAGGGCCUUGAAGCUGGACAGGAGGCUGAUGAUGGAGUCGUACAUCGGGAAGGCGUCUCUGAUCCCCGAGGCCCUGAAAUCUGGAAACGUAACCCUGAAACUCACCAAUGUGACCGUUGACGACAGCGGGCGGUAUAAAUGUUUUCUCCCAAGUCUGAAGACACAUGCAGUAAUUCAACUCUUGGUCUCAGAUUCACCAAAGACUGGAAACCUGUCAAAGCCAAAGGACAGGAUUAACAUAGAGUCCACAGAUGAACGGGAUUGGUGGAAUGUUCUCUGGGCUCCUCUAAUAUUCAUUAUCAUCGUUUCUUUCCUCUUCAU